AUGUCGACUACCAACCUUCAGCUCCCAUUAGAUGCACGUAGAGCUCUAGGUCGACGUCCAGGUGCUGCUCCCUUACCUCGGGUACAAAUUGACACCACCUUUCAAGAAAUCCCAUCUUCACCUAUCCACCUUCAACCACCUUCUCCAACUAACAACCAUGUUUCUCCUUCCUCACCACAAUCACCUAACACCCCAAAACGUUUCCGAAGACCUACCAUCUCCCGACCUAAACAACCACCAAGAUCCACAAGAGGGUUAUACGAAACGCAAAAACUUCUCUCUCAUCUAUUGGACAAGAUCGACUCUCGUCUGCCCGCUCCUGACUUAUUGGACCGAGCUGCAUUGGCUAUCAGAGCCAUCUCUAAACGUGAUAUGGGUAAAGGGAAAGGAAGAGCAUCAAAAAUGACACAAGCUGUGGUCGCUGUCACUCAACCAACAUCAUCAUCCUCAUCAUCCAAUCAACUCGGUCCUAGUCAAGUGGGUAUCAGUAACGAAGAUUACGAUGAAGUUCAUUUGAAAGAAGGAGAAUGGGAUACUGAAGGAGUUUUCGAAUUAUUGGAACAAACAAGAUCUUUAUUGGUUUUAUCAGAUAAACAAGGGUUGGAUUUAUUUACAGAUUCAAGAAUAUCUGAGAAUGGUCUAUAUAUCGGAAAGAAGAAAUCAGGUCGAUUAUCAACAUCACCUGUAUCACCUAUAAAUUCACGUUCGAAAGAACAAGAUUGGAGAAUUGAACAAACCUCGUUCUCUGGUCAAAAUCUCUUAUCGAGGAUGUUGCAUACUCUAUCAACGUUGACGACGAUAGAAGGGAUACAUAAGGUACAUCGAUAUAGACCUUUGUGUCCUCCUAACGCUUUACAAUCAGCUUGUUUGGAUGUUGCGACGUUUCUUUGGCAUAAAUGUGGGAUGGAAGUAAGAAUCAGAGUGAUGGGGAUGGUGAUUGACUCGAUGUAUACUUUCGGGGAAGAAAUGAUUGAGAGAUUAUGUGAAUGGAUUGAAGGUCGAUUGGGUGAGCUACUCAGUAUACUAGAAAGAGAUAGGGGUGGGAGAGAGAAAAAAGAAUCGACAAUAUUUACAGAUCCUUUUGCUUUUACUUCCAACGACCAGAACUUACCUGGAUUCGCCAUUUCGACCGAAGAUACAAAUCCUCCAGAUCCACAUAGUACAACAGCUUCACACGUACCAUCGUACUCUUUCGACGCUAGCAAUCCUUCCAAGAAUGUUGUUGAAGAUUCGAAAACGACAGGAUGGUUACGAUACUCACCUACAACCCCUCACCCCAUAUCCCACUCUACUCAAUCGUCUACAGGUAUAUCAUCAACUUACGGUACAUCCCUCAACCUAUCUCAAACUUCCCACCACAUCGCAAGCUUGAUAACGCAACUCAUACUCUCUCUGAUUUCCAAUAUCGACCUCCGAGCAUCUCGACCCACUACCAUAUUCCGAGUCCAUCGACUGUUCUCCCUCAUCCUCAUUUCCAAACCGGAUGCUUAUAUCGAUUUACUGGAAGUAGCAGCCGUAUCUCCUUCUGUACCCAGUCGAAGAGCUUUGGAACUAUUGUCUUCUUUCUAUCCUCACUGUAUAGGACAUGACAACGUAGCUCGUCGAUUACCUUCUAUGACCUAUUCGAACCUAUACGAACGUUGGUCGAAUAGUCACGAUAGGGUAUUAGGUGAAGAUGAAGAUUCUCAUCAUUUCGUUCCUUGGAAAAUAGAAAACGAAUCUUCUUCUUCAUCAUCUUCUCAUUCCCCAUCAUCAACUUCCCAAUCAUACCCAUCGUUUCAAAAAUGUUCAACCUGUCAACUCGACGUACUUGGAUUUUGUCUUAGAUGUACACUUUGUCACGAUAUUCAACACUUGGAAUGUUAUAACCCUACAGACGAUAUGUUCAUUUACGAAGUAGUAGUUUUAUCUCAACAAACCUCACUCCCUUCUGUGGUAUCAGUGAAAUUUAGUAAAUCCCUUUCACCCACAGAAGAUCUUCUUUUGAUAUCAUCAUCGACAUCAUCGAAUCAUUCACAUACUAGAAGAAAAGUAGGUCAACACGAUUUACGUUUAAUAAACCUUUUCAACCUAGCAAUAUGUAACGAAUGUCAUGAACCUAUUUGGGGAUCUACAUGUCAAGCUAUGGCUUGUUUAUCAGGUUGUCAAAUGUUAUUACAUCCUUCUUGUGUGGAUAGACUACAACAACAAACUCCUUCAAAAAUGGUCCAAUGUAGGUUCAGAAGAGAAGUAGUUAUUGAUGAUAUUUCCGGUCAAGGUGGAAAUCCUUUCUCACUCUCGAGAAAAGAUAUGGAAGAAUCAUACGAACGACAGUUUCCAAACUUGAUGAAGAAGAAUGAAGAUUUGGGCAAGUUAUCCUAUGACGAAUUAUGUGUUUUGUACGGUAUGAUAUGGAUACAAGACGAAAUCCUUCAGAGUGGUCUUUCUGGGGGAUCUAUACGUAUAACCGACCACCCCUCCCGUCCACCAGACGAUGACAAACCCUCGAAUACUUCGAACGUUUCAGCGUCGAAGAUAGAUUUUCUCAAGACAAAGUUGGAAAACAUAGAAAGGGAAAUUUCUACCCGUUAUGGAACCUCUCAACCUGGCUCAUCAGCCCUGGUUAAUCACAUAUCUCUUCAAUCCAUCGAUCAACUUCCCGCAAAGGAAUACAUCUUUUCACACCAUUUCUUGACUUACAUCCGAACUUUACUUCGUUGUCCUUCCACUUCCUCACCUUUACUCGACGGUUUACUCUCAGCACCAAAUUCACCUAAUCCGAAUCAAGAAGAAGAAAUACCAAUAUCAUACGAGAGUUUAAAGAUGUCAUCUCUUGUCCAAACUUUGAAAGUCGAUUUGGACAUCAAUCAUCCUGUCCUCGUUGCAUAUCUAUUGGAUCAUCUUCGCUCUCAAGGUCUUAUUGCCUAUCCGUUCAAAUACCAAUCCUACCAUACCCAAGUACACGUGGAUUCACAACUGUCUCGAACCCCCAUCAAUGUAGGUUCAAAUCUCAGUCCUUCCAACGGGCAAAGUAAUACCAACGUGGUACCUAAAAUCGACCGCGAUGAAUGGGUGUCUUUCGGAUUACCAAUGUUGAUGGAUUCAACGCCGAGUAUAGAAUUGUUAGUAGUUCUGAUAGAACGUCUGUUAGGGGAGUUAGAUCUCACUUUGUUGGAAGUGGGUUUAGGGUUGUUAGUUAGACGAACUUGGCCUGAUGGGUUGUCGUCGGAUUAUGCUUUGGAGAGAUUGGGUAGGGCGGUGAUGGGUUGGGUUAUGACGGAGGACGAAACACUCCAUCUGAUAGUCCGGAAUUACGCGAGUAAACACCUUCAUUCACCUGGGAUCCGAAUCAACCCUCUUGAACAUUCUCAAGCUACAUCCGUAUCGACCUACCAGAUAUCUCGUCAGAAAUUACUGAAUCGUUAUGUUCGACCAUGGGUACAAGCAUUACAUAUCUUGUCACCGGAAUUAUACGCUCAUGUAGUAUACGAAGCUUCUAAAUCUUCUUCCUUCUCACCCAUCUUAGAUCCUUUCGACUCUCCUUCUCCAUUUCAUCCCCUUCUCGAAACCCUGACCUCGUCCAACGAAGAGAAGAAACAUUCAAUUCCCUCUAUCCCUUCCUCCCAUUCCGGUCCCAAGACAAAUUUUCAGGACGAACCCACGAUCAGCCCAUCAUUGUCAAAGGUCCAAGAAGAAAAUCAAUCAAUGGCCGUUAAAAUAGCUACUACGGCAUUGGAGAGAAUAUCGAAAAUAGUAGAUAGCAAAUUAGUCUUCACAAUGUUGCUCGAUAUACUCAUAGCAUGGUUAGAAGAUCUUGGUAGUUUAUCAUCCUUAGAUAUAAUCUACAAACCUUUAUCGAAGUUAUUUGGACAUAUUCAAAUGAAUCCAAACGUACCAGAGGUGGAACAGGGUAUUUGGGGGGUAAUAUCUGAUGUGAUUAAACAGGAUGGAGGAGAAGACAGGGUUUGUAGAUGGUUGAGGGUUUUAGCAGUUUCGAAUGUUGGAAUACCUUGGGAAACAUUGACCGAUUUAAUCGACCUUUCCUCAAAACUCUCAAUUGGAACAGAUCUCCUUAGGUCGACAUCAACAGUUAAGGAUACUUCGAAACGUUCGUUAUCUCUAUCGGCAAAGAUGGAUUUGGUGGUGACUAUCAAUCUCAAUCCUAAACCUUUGGAUUCUAAAGAACUCUUGUCGUUCCUAUCUAAAACCUUUCUCGCUUUCUCGACUUCUCUUUCGGACCAUUGUCAGCCCAAAUCUGCCGACCUCAAUACGAGAACUACACACACCAACUCAACCGAAUACAUCGACCCUUCAAAUCCCAACACGACGGAUUUCAACAGUCCUGCAUAUGAUAGAUCUAUCGAACCUCUCAAUAUAAUACAAGAAACCGACUUACUACAUCUUCUCUUUCUUGGAAUCCUAAAACCAUAUGUUUCUUCUGAAAAUAUCACUAAUACUUCUCUUAUCUCCUCGGAACUCUCAAGAAAACAUCUUAUCAUGUUAUCUAAACGACGUCAAAUCAUCACUUCUUCAUCACUGAAUCCCCAGAUUAUCCAAGUUUGCGCCAAGUUGUUAGAUCUCAAAAGACAUGAUACAGAGAUCAUACUGGACUUUUUAUGGUUGAUAUUGACCAAAAGUUCCAUGAUGGACUUAGAAGGUUUGUGGGAUUCGAAGGGGAAGGGAAAGGGAAAAGAAUCGAGAUCGGGAUUGUUUUGGAGGUUGGUGAGUGUUAAUGUGGGACCUAUGGAGGUUUUGGUGAGAAAGAAGAUGGAAGAUGAUCGUCACACAACUCUGGAAACCCUACUCAUCUUCAUCCUCGAAAUAGCCGAUUCGACACUUUCACAUCCCCCAAACUCUCAUCGAGCAGCAGUAUCAUUACUCAACAUCUUCUUUGACUCUCUGAUGACUUCAGACAAUCUUUCUCCAGAUAGCGCGACAUUAUUGCAAUCUUUAUUUCCUACGCAACUCGAGGCGGUGUCAAGAUGUUAUGAAGAGUUGUUGGUUCAGAGUACGGAUGAUGAGAGGUUUGUGAUUCUUACUAAAUUGAGAAAAUGGCAUAAUUACCUACCUACUUGGCCAGUUCUCUCAUGGUCAUGUAUCGACUCGCUUCUCUCAGAAGUAGUGGCCAACACCCAACAACUCCCCUCUCUUUCACUAAUCGAUGCUCACCUCGUCCGAACCAGUCUUCUAGCAUUAGGACUAGACAUGUUAGCACACGAAAUACCAAUAGAUUACCCAACCAGUCAAAAAUUCCAACAACAUGUAGCUUCCGCUUGUUCACUGCCUUGGCCAGAAUUCGAUAAAGGUAUCACUCAAUUACUUUUUCCUUCUCUUCGAGGAUUACUCGAUUCACCCGUCAAGAUGCAAGUAGGGGGAGGGAUGAGUAAAGUUAAAAAGAUGGGUUUGGCAGGUGGGGUAUUCGUUCCCAUCGUUUUGGCCUUGGCUGGACAGUUGGGUCAUGUGGGUUUUGUGGAACAGAGAUGUUUGUUGGAUAUGCUUUUGGUAACGUUUUUCAAGCACAACUUUCGUCCAGUCGAACUACUCGCUCGAAAAGCAUUGACCACCCUAGGCGAAUAUCUCACUUUUGCAACUUGUUCAGAAAACCGUCUCUUGGCAAUAAGAACUAUCCAAGUAGCAUUGACCAACUUUGACCGACCUUCCAUAACCUCAACAGCGCCACAACUAUUCUCACACCUUUCACGUGUAUUGGUAAAGCAAACCAAAGACAACGAAGAUUAUACGAUAAUCGAACAAAGUCAUAAUUUGUUACAUACGAUUAUCAAAUCGUCUUGGAAGAGCGGAAUGUUUUUGGUGUUAUUCGAAGAUGAAUCUCAUCGCGAAGACUCGGUUCUAGGUGUAGUUUUGAAGAUGUUGGUGGAUGAUCAACCUGAUGAAAAUUCUGGGAAUGGACCUGACAUAAUCCGUGGUAUUAUAUGGGAUAUUAUGGAGGUGUUUAGAAAAGAUCGACAAUAUCUACAAAACGUAUUGAAAUCCCUCUACAUUGUCGUCAAAGAGCAAAGUAAACAAUGGUCAGAAGUAGCUGUUCAAGAUUUUGGGAAUUUCUUAAGUAGAUUGACAAAACAUAUCGCAGAUUUACCUGUUGGCGAAUUUGACCCGGAUUUCUUGUUGAUGACAUGUGCUAGAGUGUUCAAACUUGCUCCUUCUACGUGUGCGGUGAUGUUGCUACAUCAAACUUCCACAAUGCUUCAUCUUGUCCUCACUCGGUCCGACGUCAAUAAAGAUGCGAUGGGAAUAUUGAGUCACGCGGCAGAAGAAUUGUGCGAGAGGGAAAAGACGGAGGACACUGUGAAAGGUGUGGUGAAUGAGUUAUGUGGGAGUAUGUUAAGUGGAAUGGGUGUGAUGUCCGGUACGAUGGGGGUUUUACUUGAUAAGACCCUACUCGAAUCACAAACCUCAACUCUCCAAGACCCUUCGUUACCCCAAUCAGCAACAAACUCUCUCAACCCACAACAAUCCCUCUCCGGCUAUCUUGACAUCCUCUUGCUACGUCAUCCCACCCUUCUCCGACCUCUAGACCCCGAAACUUUAUUCUCCAUCCUUAUUCAAUCCUCUUCCAUCCUUCUCUUAUCUGAAUCGAUUCUACCCGGUAGUCUCCCUCAGAUUCUGACCAAGAUAAUAGACGAACCGGCUCUUAUCCAAUUAAAAAUGUACAACAUGCUCCUACUUUCUUCAAUCUACCAAUCUGAACCUAAGUUCUCUCCUACCAAUCCAUCCCUUUCGUAUCCCCAUAAUCCCUCAUUCAUCCAACAUCCCCAGAUAGCAAGGAAAAGUCUGAUCGGUUUAUUCCCCAUCAUAGCUCGUGUCGGUUGUCUAUGUCUGAAAGCAAGUAGUGACCAUCUUCUCGUUUCUGAUUCAGGAGAAGGAGCCGAGUUAUUAUCAAACGUUUUCAUCUUGCUCCGAUUAGCGCUGUUGGUCGUGAAACUCGCCCAGUAUGAGGAUACCGAAAACACGGGGGAAAGGGUACUAUGGGAUCGGAUAUGGUCAGAAUGGAGUAGAUUAUUAGGAAUCAGUAUGGAAAGUAUUUGUGUCAAUACUGUAAGUUAA